AUGGCGCCAGCCGUACUAGAGAUCAACCCGCCAUGUGAUGCACGCGAGCUGGAGAAGAUAUCAGACAACGUUGAUGCUGUGAAUGAGUUUAAAGCCUCCGCGAAGCAAUCCUGUGAAGGACCGCAACAAUUCGGCCAAGAUAAGGACAAGUCCAAAUUUCGCCAGUACGAUGAAGCUUGCGACAGGGUAAAACCCUUUUACGAAGAGCAACACGCCAAACAAACCGUGGCCUACAACAUCCAAGCUCGCCAGGAUUUUAAGUCCAAAGUAAGAGCCGAGAUGAGUGUUUGGGAUGCAAUUGUAAAGCUUGACACGUUGAUCGAUGAGUCCGACCCCGAUACAACACUUUCACAGAUACACCAUCUCUUUCAAUCCGCAGAAGCCAUCCGUCGGGACGGUAAACCGAGGUGGAUGCAGCUCGUCGGCCUAAUUCACGACUUGGGCAAACUGCUCUUCUUCUUCGGCGCUAAAGGGCAAUGGGACGUGGUCGGUGAUACUUUUCCCGUUGGUUGUGCAUUCGACGACGCGAUCAUCUAUCCAGGCACAUUCGUCAACAACCCAGACUACAAGCACGAGGUUUACAGUACGAAGUAUGGCAUCUACGAACCUAAUUGCGGGCUAGAGAAUGUUAUGCUAUCUUGGGGCCAUGAUGAAUAUCUCUACAACGUGGUCAAGUCUCAAUCAACACUCCCAGAAGAAGGUCUCGCCAUGAUUCGGUAUCACUCAUUUUACCCUUGGCAUAGUGCCGGUGCCUAUCGGCACUUGAUGAAACAGGGGGACUAUAAGAUGUUGGAGGCCGUCAAGGCAUUCAACCCUUAUGACCUCUAUAGCAAAGCAGACGAAGUGCCCAACAUUGAUGAGCUCAAGCCUUAUUACCUUGACCUCAUAAGACGAAUUCUUCCCGCAAAAAAAUCAUACAGAUGGUGA